CUUGUAUACCACACACUCUGCCUCUACCAAUCAUUUAGAUUAGUCGUUUCCAAUUUUUUCAACCAUGUCAUUAUGGAGGUCUACGUUUUUUAUUGUUUUGUGGUUUUGGGGAUUUUCUCACUGCAGCCUCCAGACAAAGCCUGAUUCCAGUAGGACAGACCAGAAGCUGUUCUGGGGCGCUGACCAGUAUGAUUUCUCAGUGGUGCUCCCAGCAGCUGCCACAGAAUGUUUCUGGCACUUUGCUCACCAUGGAGAGAAAUUUUACCUGAGCUUCAUGGUCCAGUGGGUGACGGGAGUCGGCCUCGACAGGGACCUAUCAGUCACUGUUAACGCUCCCAGCAGUUUGUUAAUAUCCACUGUUGACGAUGCAAAGGGUCAGAUCAACUUUGAGGUCAAAGAAACAGGUUUCUAUCAGAUGUGUUUGAGCAACUUCCACAACCGCUUCAGCACAAUGCAGGUCUUCCUCAGCUUUGGCGUUUAUUAUGACAACCAGAACUCUUCCAAGGACAUGGAGAGGGAAAUGAAGGAGAAGGAGCUGAACAACACACUGAGCUUCAUUCAGGCUGCCACCAGUAAAGUGGAGCGCCACGUCUUCCACAUGUUCCGCUACUACAGCUUCAGCCGCAUGAGGAGGAGCGCAGACCACUUCCUGCUGCAGUUCAACUCCCGCUACAUCACAUGGUGGUCGAUGGCCCUCAGCCUGCUGAUCGUCACCUCUGGGUACCUGCAGCUCCUCUUCCUCAAAAGUCUCUUUGUGAGCAACGCUGAGGCUGAAAAGCCUCGAUGCUGACAGGCAGCGAACAAACCAAGAAACAUCCUGAGCAGACUCCAAGCUCCCUCUGGUUCUGGGUCUGUGUGAAACAUUAAAGAAAUGUUCCAAAAACCUCUGAUUAGAAUUAUUUUUAAUUGACAAUUAUAUCCGUUUUUGUCUAACUGGUAGACUUCUUUUAUUACUUGUUUUUUUUUUUUUUCUUUCAACGAUCUGGAAGAGCUUCACAAAGAUUGGCCUGAGGCUCGAGUCGGCUCAUCAGAGCCGCAGCUCAGACAAAUCCUACUCAACAAAUGUCACAUUCCUGACCCAGAGACGUCUCACACAUCCCUGCUGUUUCCAGAGGAUCUAUCAGAGAACAUAACAUCCAGCUGCUGCCAAUUGAAGAUCAUAAUUAGGUAAAGCAGGGAGUGGCCGUCUGCUGGUCGGGAGGAAACAGGCGUGUCCCAACACAAAUCCAAGACGGAAAGACAUCAGCAAUGGUGUAAUGCACCACACUGGUGAAAUACAAACAGGUGAUUGGCCGAACACUAAGAGCAAAUUAAAGUAUGGAGGUCUGGAGACAUUUUGAAGCUUGUUAUGCACCAAGGCAUUCUGAAGUCUUCAACACAACGGCAGGAAUGCUGAACUGGGACCCAAAAGAGCUGAGCAGAUAGAAAACUGUGCAGAAAUAGACGUUACCUAGCCUGAAUAAGUUUGGAUGAAGUGUCAACAACGUCAUCCAAACAUAGGGAGCCUUAACUGAAGCUACCUACAGUUUAUUUGGGGCCCGUGUUUAGAUAAUUCCCCCAGAAACAAAUUCUCAAUUUGCCUUCAUCUUUCUAAAACAAUAGAAGGGAAAAAAACAACUUUUUCAUGGUUUGUACACCUGAAAUUAGGUUGAACUUUUCUUAGAUUUUGAAAGAGACCAGAAUGUUUUUAUUGUGUCCUGAUACACGAAACUAUAGAAUUAAAGGAGGGUUGAUUUUCUCACUAAAGCUACUAAAACAUCUGCAGAUAGCG